AUGGACUCCUUUCAGAAAUUCGGGGCAAUCUGGUGUACUGUUGGUCUGCUCAUCGCUGCCAGAGUGACUUACAACCUCUACUUCCAUCCUCUCCGUUCGUACCCCGGGCCAAUCCUUGCUCGAGCAACAAGGCUCUACCUCGUGUUCCUCGAAAUUGAGGGGAAGCUCCAUCUUCGCAUGAAGGACUGGCACGAUCAGUACGGCGAGGUCGUCCGUAUUGCGCCCGACAGCUUGUCAUACAACUCCAGUCAGGCCUGGAAUGAUAUCUGCAACCACCGCACCCGCGAUGUCAAAGCUGUCUUCGAGAAGGACCAAGAGUCUUUUAUCCCGCCGCCCAACGGUCACUGGAGUAUUGUUGGAGCCAACGGUGACAAGCAUCGACGUCUUCGGCGUCUCCUGUCGCAUGCAUUUUCCGAAAAGGCCCUUCGCGACCAAGAGACGACUCUUCAUCAUUAUGUUGACCUCCUCGUUCGUCAGCUCCAUCAACGCUCCGUUCCGACGGGGAGCAGCGUGGUCGACAUGGUACAAUGGUUCAACUUCACGACGUUCGACCUCAUCGGCGACUUAGCCUUUGGGGACUCGUUUGGUCUCCUGAACCAGGGCGUUUGGUCUCGUUAUCUUGCCGCCAUCACUGGCCUGCUGGAGGUGACCAUCUACAUCCGCGCCGCGAACAAGUUGUUUCCACCUGCGUGGAGCCGCGUGGCCGCGUCGCUCUUGGCCCCCAAGCACCUGCAGCAAGAUCGCGUCUACGUCUACCAAUUGGCAAAGGACAAACUCACUCGUCGAGUGGAGAAAGUGCCAGAGCGACAAGACUUUGUCCACUACAUGCUCAAAGGCUCUCGCUCGGCGAUUGGCCCGGAGGGCCUAUGCUUUGAAGAGAUGGUCACGCAGAGCCAGACCUUCAUUAUCGCAGGGAGCGAAACCACCGCCACUCUUCUCUCCGGGAUGCUGUAUUACCUCCUCAUCACCCCGCGCGCACUGUCGCGGGUGACGGACGAGAUCCGAUCAUCCUUUGCCCACGAGCGAGACAUCACGGUCACUCGCACCGCCCAUCUGCCGUACCUGCACGCCGUGCUAGAGGAAUCUCUGCGCAUGUACCCUCCUGUCGCGGGCCUGUUGCCCCGGGUCACUCCGGCGCCCGGACAGACCAUCUGCGGACGCUUCGUGCCCGCGGGCACCACGGUCGGUCUGCAUCACUGGUCGUGCUACCGGUCGGCGCGCAAUUUCAGCGAUCCAGACACCUUCUGGCCAGAGCGGUGGGUCGAGGGGGAGAAGGACGAGGCGCGAUUUGCGCAGGACGAUCGAGCGGCGUUUCAUCCGUUCUCCUACGGGCCCAGGAAUUGUUUGGGGAAGAAGUAAGUGCCGUUCCUGCUCCGGAUCUCUAUAGAAUAUCGGUAGUGGGGAGGGAUAAAAAAAAAAAGAAAAAGAAAGAAACCAAAACUAAU